CAGUUCCUAAAAUAAUAAAUUCGGCAGAGUUAAAACAUACUGGUUACUUAAAGUUUAUAGAAUUUAUACGAGCAGAAAAUUCCAUGGCUGAUUUAACAUACCGCUUUGAUAUAAUAAGUAAUUUAACUUUACAACAUGAACCAUAUCAUGUUACUAGCUAUAUUGAUAUGAAGCUUAAUAAUGUAGUAAUACUUCAUCCGGAAAAGUUGGAACAAAUAUCGCCAAAUUACGAAUUUUUAAAAGCCGCUAAAAAAUAUAAGCCAAAGUUUGUUGGACUGUAUCAAGGUAAUGUUUCCCCACACCCUAGAUGUAAAGAAGACGAUGAAACAUCAACAUCACAA